AUGACGAGGGACGAUGGCCACAACGGUCGCAUCAGCUCCUUUGCGAGCUCGAGCAGCGGGCACUCCAACGUCACCGUCAAGCCCACGGCACCCGGGCGGUCGACUUCAUUGUCCGGCGCCACCAAGAGGGCGGCGCCCAAGCCGCUGCGGCCGACAGACAAUGGCCUGGCCAGGUUCAAAGACGAGUCUCAGAUCUCGCCGCUAUCCAACGCCAAUGCCAAUGCGAACGUGCGCGCUGCCACGACCGCCCUGUCGCCAGCUUCCACCACCUCCUCCGGCAGCUCGCUGCUCUACGACACGCGGCGGAUGAGCGACCUGACCAACUAUCGCCGCGACCUCGCCGUCCUGGAGCCCUCCGGCGGCCGGCUGCCGCAGAUUCAGAAGGAGCCGCCGUCUGCAGGCCUGUCGCAGAGCCAGAUAGCGCCCUGGAUGUCGGGCAACGGCGGCACCGCUAACAAUGCAUCCCAGGAUGCGCGCAUGGGCUCCUUUGGCACGAGCUUCUACAAUGAUUCGAGCGACAACCUCUCGUCUGCGUCGCAGCUGUCGCCCGCAUUCAGGCCCGGCACGUCGCGCAUCACCGAGACGCCGGCCAGCAGCGACUACUAUCCAAACGAUGAAAGGAGGCCGUCGGUCGCGAGCGUCACUACGGCCAGCAGCCAAGGGUCAAAGAACAGCACCAGUAGAGGUGGGUUCAAGAAACUGCAGGGGUUCUUUGGCGAGGACUUCCCCGGUCGCGAUGGGUCCGAGACGAGCCUGCCGACCGGCGCGGGCGGGCCAGCAAAGGAACAGCGCUCCUACUCAUUUAAUCGGCCCACUAGGGAGAGGAACUAUUCUAAUGCUACCGACCACACCCGCGACGCCUCCCCGUCCUCGUCGCGCCCCCGAACACCUGUCCCCUCUAGCGACGUAGUUCCCUUUCUGUACCAGGAGGCCGACGAUAUCGCCAAGUACGGCGAGGCCCCCGUCCGCAACAUACUCGCCGGCCCAGACAAGGAGCGUUAUCAGGAUAAUGCAGGCCCCCUCCCGCCCAAGACCUCUUCUUCAGCUCGAUCCGGCCACUCCAUCGUGCAUCUGCCCGGCCAUCACCACCGCCACAAGAACAGCAAUGAAGAUUCGAGAUCUCUGAGGCCCGUCGUCAGCCGAGAAGACUCGCUCGCUAGCAUCAACAUCAUGAAGGACCGUGGCGGCUCGGUCGCCACUGGCGCGAGGAGGGCGCAAAGCCCGACGCCCAGCGCGAGCAACCUUCACCUUGCUUCAUCUGACGGCAACGUUUCUCCAGGCGGGCCCAAUGAGAAGAGGGGCCUGUUCGGUCGCCUUCGCCGACACAAGCACAAAGACGAAGCCCCUUCGUCGCGCCUCCGGGAGAUGCCUUCAUCGUCACAAUCACUGGCGUCAAACUCCUCGCGGCCGAACCUCGUGCCCGCCAACCCCUCACCGCACCCCUACGCCAACAAGCCGCUGCCUCCCAUCGAGCAGGCGCACGAACUGCAGGGUCCUCGGAUCAACAACAUGCGCAAUGCGACAUUCAACAACAAAUUCCCCUUCGCUAAAAAGGGGCGAUCGAAUCGACCUUACGAUGACGAGGAUUACAUUGGUCCGACGGAUCGGAACGACUCCGGGAAAGUCUUCCACCUCGACACGAACCUGAACGAUAUGGAAGGCAUCCUCUCACAUCCACCACCUCUCACGCCGAUGGAGCCCGCCGCACCCCAGCAAGGCCCCAGCGAGCUGGAGAAGAUACCGGAGCUGGAGAGGGCGUCCUUGUUAGGUGGCGCCUGGAGUGCGCCUGACAGUUGGGCUGUUCGUCGAAAUGCUGAGGAGCAAGCACCCGAUGCCGAAACCGAAGAAGAGUCCGUCAUUCAGCCACGACCGGACGAGAAACGGGCAGCCCAUUGCAUACGUGUUUUCCGUGCCGACGGUACCUUUGCGACGAUCCAGCUACCCCUCGAGUCGACAGUCUCCGAGGUCAUGUCGCACGUUGUUAAGAAAACGUACGUACAGGACGGCCUCGAGAACUAUCACAUGGUACUCAAGAAGCAUGACCUUGCGAGAGUCUUGGCCGCAGUCGAGCGUCCUCUGCUCAUUCAAAAGAGGCUUCUGCAACAAGUUGGUUACGAAGAGAGGGAUCGCUUAGAAGACAUUGGCAGAGAAGACAACAGCUAUCUGUGUCGGUUCUUAUUCUUGUCCGCCCGAGACAACGACUAUACGGCUGUACCAAACGAGCUUGGACCCAGUAGGACUACAAAGUACAACCAUGUCGACCUUUCCGGCCGCAACUUGAUCACAAUACCUAUCAGUCUCUAUUCAAAGACCAGCGACAUCAUCUCACUCAAUCUGGCCCGAAACUUAUCCCUAGACCUACCCAGAGAUUUUAUUCAAGCGUGUCCCCAGCUGCGAGACAUCAAGUUCUCCAAUAACGAGGCUCGCAAGCUACCCAUCAGCAUUGGAAGAGCCAGCCGCUUGACAUAUCUCGACGUUUCCAACAACCGUUUAGAAGAGCUCGAGCAUGCCGAGCUUGGGAGCUUGACCGGUCUCUUGAAGCUGUCUCUAGCUAAUAAUCGACUAAGCAGCCUGCCCCAUUACUUUGGGGCUUUCAAGGUUUUGCGAUCACUGAACGUGUCGUCCAAUUUCCUUGAUAAGUUCCCACCGUUCCUCUGUGAGCUCGAAGGCUUGGUGGAUAUUGAUUUCAGUUUCAACUCAAUAGCCGAGCUUCCUGAGGAAAUUGGACAGAUGAGGAGCCUGGAGAAAUUCGUCAUGACGAACAAUAGGUUGGCAGGUGCUUUGCCGUCGACGUUCAGCAACUUGACGAAUCUGCGUGAGCUUGACUUGAAGUACAACACCCUGACAGCCAUUGACGUCGUCGCCGAACUGCCAAAGCUGGAGAUACUUUCGGCAGACCACAACAAGAUCUCACAGUUUAUCGGAACGUUUGAGUGCGUACGGAGUCUGAAACUCAACUCAAACCCCAUCACGAAAUUCGAGAUUGUCGGUUCUGUUCCGACCUUGAAGAUGUUGAACCUGUCCAAUGCCCAGCUCGCAAGCAUUGACGGCUCGUUCCACAACAUGCCCAAUUUAGAGAGGCUUGUACUGGAUAGGAACUAUUUCGUGUCCCUCCCGAAUCAAAUCGGGAACCUUAGAAGGCUCGAGCAUUUCAGCAUAGCCAAUAACUCUGUUGGCGAACUGCCCGUAGAGAUAGGCUGCCUUACUGAACUGCGGGUUCUCAACAUCAGAGGCAACAACAUCAGGAAGCUGCCUAUGGAGCUGUGGUGGGCAAAUAAACUGGAGACGCUCAAUGCCUCCUCGAAUGUCUUGGACAUUUUCCCCAAGCCUGCGUCCCGCCCACCUCAGGCUCCUGGAGAGUCUGCGACAAGCAAUGGAGUUAAUAGCAAGCCUAUGCCUGGCCUUUUGUCGCAGACAUCUAGCUCCGAGGAUCUGCUGCCUGACGGGUCCCGGCGGCCGAGCCAAGCGUCAAGCACUCUGCUUAGCGUCGGCCCGUCUCCGGUGCCACCAGGCCCCGACCGCAAAAGUUCUGUCGUCUCCGUCUACGGGAAAGGCGGUCGCAAGACGUCCGUCAUGUCCAGGAGCACAACUGGCAGUACUAACGGGACCACUGUUGCCCCUCCUACUAUUUCUACUCGGAAAGAUUCAGGGCUGUCUGCAAGAUUGACAAAUACCUUUGCCGGAUCCUUGCGCAAUCUGUACCUCGCAGACAAUCAACUUGAUGACGACGUGUUCGACCAAGUUACACUACUGGGAGAACUCCGGGUCUUGAACCUUUCAUAUAACGACCUCAGCGAUAUGCCGCAAAGGUCUAUCAAGAGCUGGCCACAGUUGGUUGAGCUGUAUCUGUCAGGUAACGAUUUAACCAGUCUGCCCGUGGACGAUUUGGAGGAAUUCAGCUUGCUACAAGUCCUGCACAUAAAUGGCAACAAAUUCACCAAUCUUCCGGCCGAUAUCUCCAGAGCCAAGAAGCUUGCUGUAUUGGAUUGUGGAAACAACUCACUCAAGUACAAUAUUUCCAACGUUCCAUAUGAUUGGAAUUGGAACCUAAACCCACAGCUGCGAUAUCUCAACCUUUCCGGCAACAAGCGUCUGGAAAUUAAGCAAACCGGCUUUAGCUCUGCUGCACAGCACCGUGAGCAAUAUACCGACUUCAAUCGGCUGGGCACGCUACGCGUGUUGGGCUUGAUGGAUGUCACCCUGACACAGCCGAGUAUCCCAGACCAAAGUGAAGAUCGCCGUGUCAGAACAUCGGGUUCGCUUGCUGGUCAUUUACCGUAUGGUAUGGCUGACACGCUUGGCAAGUACGAACAUCUGUCUACCAUUGAUCUUGUGGUACCUCGUUUCAAUUCAUCGGACUCUGAAACCUUGCUGGGACUCUUCGAUGGCCAAGCUCUAAGUAGUGGUGGCUCUAAGAUCGCCAAAUACCUGCACGAGAACUUUGGCCAUAUAUUUGCCAUGGAGCUCAAGGCUCUCAAGACAAGGCAGAACGAGACCCCUCAGGACGCCCUCCGAAGAGCCUUCCUUGCUUUGAACAAGGACCUCGUCACUAUUGCAUAUUCUCAUGGCGAUGACAGGCCACAGACUGCCCACCGUGGUUCAUCAGCGUCGAUUGCUUUGAGCAAGGAAGAUCUGAAUUCUGGGGGUGUCGCCACUGUGGUAUACUUGCAGGCUCAGCAGCUUUACGUGGCCAAUGUUGGUGAUUGCCAGGCGAUGGUCAUUCAGUCUGAUGGUUCGCACAAGAUACUUACCCGAAAACACGAUCCGGCUGAGCCAGCUGAGCGACAGCGAAUUCGAGAUGCUGGAGGUUGGGUCUCCCGACAAGGCAAACUGAAUGAUUUACUUGAAGUUUCGCGAGCCUUCGGCUACGUUGACCUGAUGCCGGCCGUGCAAGCGGCACCCCACGUUACGCAAGUUAAGAUCACGCCGCAGGACGAGACAAUCCUAAUCGCCACCAAGGAACUUUGGGAAUAUCUCACCCCUGGACUCGUUGUGGAUGUAGCUCGAUCGGAACGGGGCGAUCUCAUGCGUGCCUCGUCGAAGUUGCGAGAUCUGGCUAUGGCCUAUGGCUCCUCUGGGAAAAUCAUGAUCAUGAUGCUCAGUGUAUCGGAUCUGAAACGCCGCCAGGAACGGUCUGCUCGUCUUCACAGAGGCCAGAGCAUGUCUCUCUACCCAUCUGGCAUCCCUGAUGAGUUCCAGUACCCCGCGAAGCGAGGCAGAAAGGCAAAGGCCGAGGUCCAGGACUCGACCUUGCACCGACUUGAGGCCGAGGUUCCUGCACCGACUGGGAAGCCGUCAAUUGUCUUCACAGAUAUCAAAAAUUCCACCAACCUGUGGGAGAUGUACCCUUCUGCUAUGCGGUCAGCCAUUAAGCUGCACAACGAGGUGAUGAGACGUCAGCUACGCAGGAUUGGUGGAUACGAGGUCAAGACGGAAGGUGAUGCUUUCAUGGUGUCCUUCCCAACUGCAACUUCAGCGCUUCUAUGGUGUUUCUCCAUACAGACACAGCUUCUCGAAGUCGACUGGCCGUCGGAAAUCCUCAACUCGGUUACAUGCCAGGAGGUCUACGAUAAAGAGAAUAACAUCAUCUUCAAGGGCCUCUCUGUGCGGAUGGGUAUACAUUAUGGUGAGCCUGUCGCUGAGAUAGAUCCUGUCACUCGUCGCAUGGACUACUUCGGUCCCAUGGUGAACAAGGCAUCCCGUAUUUCUGCCGUGGCCGAUGGCGGUCAAAUCACUGUGUCGGCCGAUUUCAUAUCAGAAAUCCAGCGCUGCCUUGAGACCUAUCAAGAGAACGAGCGCAACGGCUCAAACGGCACUGAGGAUACUUUCGAUGACGACUCCUCAGCAACCCAGAUCCGCCGAGAACUCAGAUCCCUGAGCUCUCAAGGUUUCGAAGUCAAAGAGAUGGGCGAGAAGAAGCUCAAAGGCCUUGAAAAUCCCGAAUAUAUCUACUCGCUCUACCCACAUGCACUUGCUGGUCGCAUUGAUCAUCACAACCAAGAUACUCGAGCACCUGAUGCGGUAGACAAACCAGCCACUCUUCAGCCUGGUAGUGAGCUUGGCUUUGAUCCCGAGAUGAUCUGGUCUCUAUGGAAGGUUUCUUUGCGUCUGGAGAUGCUUUGCAGUACACUGGAAGAAGUUACUGACCGUGGCUUACAACCUCCAGAGACGGAACUUCUGGAGAGAAUGAAGCAACGUGGUGGUGAAGUCACCGAACGGUUCUUGUUCAAUUUUAUGGAGCAUCAAGUAAGCCGUAUCGAGACUUGCGUUACUACGAUGGCCAUUCGACACCUGGCUGUGGGAGGUGGCCAUAUCACACAGCUUGAUGAUUUGAGAGCUCCAAUGCCUGUGGUCCUCGACGAUCUUGCGUCGCAGUUGAAGCUGCUCGAGAUGUACAAGGCCAAGUACGGCCCCCUCAGCGACGUCGAGGAGCUCGAUGGCAGCGAUACCGAAAUGGAGUGA